AUGUCAAAACAUGAGGGGGUCAUUUGCCUUAAAAUUCAAAAGACGUUGGAGAAGAUCAAAUAUAUCUCAGCUAGGACUUGUAUGCCAACUCAAGCUGGACCUUAUGAAUUUCAAGCUUAUGAGCCAAUAAUUCAUCCUGUCAAAGGCUUUCACAUGUGGCCAAGGUCAAACCAAACACCAUUGUCACCUCCACUUGUUAGAAAACAACCAGGGAGACCAAGGAGAAGUAGAAAAAAAGACCAUGAGAUGGAGAAGACAAUUGAUGCCAUAGGUGCAAAUUUCAGAAGAAAAAGGAUUGUUACUUGCACUAGACGUUUUCAAAAAAGCCACAAUAAGAUGAAUUGUAAGAAUCAGCCACAAGACCCUCCACCUGGAACUUAUAUUGAUAAAAGAUGGACAACUGGGUAUCCUUCAAAGAAAAAGAGAGUUUCUGAAACCAAUGCAUCUACUUAUGAAAUGAAUGCAAGAGGUUCUCAAAUGAAUGUGCAAAAAAGAAAGCUUCCUAUGAGUUUCAGUUCAUAA